UUAUCUGACCAAGGUAACAAGAGGCCGAGACCUGGGGAAAGAGUAUAAAAGGCCGUAUAAACAUUGGGACUUACCAGUUGAGGGCAAAUACUUGAGCAUCUUAGACAGUGAUUGCCUGGCAGCCUUAAUAUUGUAGUCCUCUGGUUUAACUGGAGAAUGGGGUUUUACACGUUAGUCGCAUCGUUUCUCUGCACUAUUGUGCUCCCAAUCUUGUUGUUUUUAGCGGCAGUUAAAUUGUGGGAAAUAUACAUAAUUCGUGGCCGUGAUCCAAACUGUCGGAGUCCCCUUCCUCCGGGUACCAUGGGUCUCCCAUUCCUAGGCGAGACGCUUCAGAUGGUUUUGCAGAGAAGAAAAUUUCUGCGAAUGAAGCGUCAGAAAUACGGAUUUAUCUAUAAGACGCACCUUUUCGGCAGCCCCACCGUGCGCGUCGUGGGCGCCGAUAACGUGAGGCAGAUUCUGUUAGGGGAGCAUAAACUUGUUGAAGUCCAGUGGCCGGCGUCUGUCAGAGCCAUCCUGGGCUCGGAUACUCUGUCCAACGUGCAUGGCACCCAGCACAAAAACAAGAAACGGGCGAUCCUAAAAGCCUUUUCACGGGAUGCCCUGGAGCUAUACGUUCCCGUUAUCCAGGAGGAGGUGAGAUGCGCAGUGAAAGGCUGGCUGCAGAGCGCCUCCUGCGUGCUGGUGUACCCAGAGAUGAAACGGCUCAUGUUCCGGAUCGCGAUUCGGAUUCUGCUGGGCUUCCAGCCCGAACAAAUCAAGACCGACGAGCAAGAACUGGUGGAAGCUUUUGAGGAAAUGAUAAAGAACCUGUUCUCUCUUCCGAUUGAUGUUCCCUUCAGCGGAUUAUAUCGGGGUCUCAAAGCUCGAAAUUUCAUCCACUCAAAAAUCGAAGAAAAUAUUAAGAAGAAAAUUCAAGACGGAACCGAUGAGCGCAAGCACAAAGAUGCCCUACAGCUGUUGAUUGAGAACUGCAGGAAGAGUGCAGAGCCCUUGAGUACUCAGGAGAUCAAGGAAUCUGCCACAGAGUUACUGUUUGGUGGGCACGAGACCACCGCUAGCACUGCCACCUCCCUAGUGAUGUUCCUCGGUCUCCAUCCUAACGUUGCGCACAAUGUGAGACAGGAACUGCGGGAGAAGGGAUUAACUGGCAUCUGCUGUGAGGAAAGGGCACUGAGCAUCGAGCUGCUGGAGCGGCUGAAAUAUACAGGCUGUGUAAUUAAAGAGACUCUGCGGAUAAACCCACCGGUGCCAGGGGGCUUCCGUGUGGCCCUCAAAACGUUUGAGUUGAACGGUUACCAGAUUCCCAAGGGCUGGAACGUCAUCUACAGCAUCUGUGACACUCACGAUGUCGCUGAGGUCUUUCCCAACAAAGAGGCGUUCCAUCCGGAGAGGUUCAUGACCAAAUCCUCGGAAGACACUUCGCGGUUCAACUACAUCCCCUUCGGAGGCGGAUCCAGGAUGUGCGUUGGCAAGGAGUUCGCCAAAGUCCUCCUUAAAAUCUUCCUGGUUGAGCUGACCGCAGAGUGUAACUGGACAUUGUUGAACGGACCCCCAACCAUGAAAACCGGCCCCACAGUUUAUCCGGUGGACAAUCUCCCCACAAAAUUCAGCAGCUAUGUUGAUAAUUAGAGCCCCUUCUCUGGUAUACGAGUUGUUCAAGCCAUAUUUCAACUCACCUGAUGGUUUCCGUUUUUACGUCUGACUUGUAUAUUAAUCCUAUAGAUAUUUAUAUAAACUGUUUAAUAUUUUUGUAAACAAAACUUAAGCACUACAUCAUAAUAGAUAUUUCAUUUAUGUGUAUAUGAGAUGUAUAUUUGUAUUGUAGUUGUAUGUUGCCGCUUUCUGUAUUUUAAUGCAAUUUAUUUAAAUUAGACAUUU